AUGGCGUUCAUCACUGACCGUGGGACGUAUUGCUACAAAGUAAUGCCGUUCGGUCUCAAGAACGCAGGCGCGACUUAUCAACGCCUUGUCAACAAAAUGUUCGCUGAGCGAUUGGGAGUAACAAUGGAAGUAUACAUCCAUGAUAUGUUGGUCAAAUCCAAAAUGGCAGCCGACCAUAUCGACCAUCUUAAAGACUGUUUCCUCGUCUUGAACAAAUACGACAUGAAACUCAACCCCACGAAGUGCACUUUUGGCGUUACGCCAGGCGAAUUCCUUGGUUAUACAGUCACGCAACGAGGGAUCAAAGCAAACCCAAAGCAGAUAUCCACUAUCCUGGACCUCCCUAGUCCUCGCGAGUGCCUCCCUUUCAACGACCUGUUGCUGGGCAAUAAGAAAUUUAUUUGGGACGAGCGUUGUGAAGAAGCAUUCGAACAGCUCAAACACUACCUUACUACGCCACUCGUUUUGGCAAAACCUGAGAAAGGUGACACUUUGUACCUUUACAUUGCGGUAUCUGAUGCGGUCGUGAGUAACGUGCUCGACAAAGAAGAACGAGGAGAGCAACGCCCGAUAUUCUACACCAGCCAGAGCAUGACCGACGCGGAAACACGGUACUCGACGCUCAAAAAAAUGGCGCUCGCCGUUAUGACUUCGGCGAGAAAGCUCCGACCAAAGUACGAUGUUACAUUUCAAAGCAGGCCAUCCACAAAGUCGCAAGUACUGGCUGACUUCCUCAUCGAGCUAACGCCCGAACUCGAACAUGAUCUACAGCUGCCGAAUGGUAUCUGGAUUUUGCAUGUCGACGGAUCAUCGUCUAGUAGAGGCUCCGAGAUUGGCUUCCAUCUCCAAUCUCCAACCGGUGAACUGCUCCAACAGUCCUUUCGGUUGGGUUUCAAAGCAUCCAACAAUGAAGCUGACUACGAAUCACUCAUCGCUGGGCUACAUCUAGCACAAGCGGUUCAAGCAAAAUGUAUUCAAGCAUACUGUGACUGUCAAUUGGUAUCCAACCAGUUCAGGGGCGACUAUGAUGCGAAGAACGAACAAAUGGAUGCUUACCUCAAAGUCGCGCAAGAUCUCGCCAACGAGUCUGAGUCUUUCCAACUUACAAGGAUCCCUCGCGGUGAAAACGUCUGUGCAGAUGCUCUAGCAGUGCUCGGGAGCAAUCCAAGAGAUCAGGCCAAGUGUGCAAACUACGUCGCCAUCGAGGGAAGGUUGCACCUCUGGACUUCUGCUAAGGUCCUCUUGACGUGCCUCAGCACAAAGGAAGCAGCAUUGGACAUGGCCGAAACUCACGAAGGAGCAGCCGUAAACCACUCAGGCGGUCGAGCAUUAUCCCUCAAAGUAAAAAGCAUGGGUUUUACUGGCCAACCAUGGUCGCUGAUUGCGAAGCGUAUACCCGAAAGUGCGACAAGUGCCAGCGACACGCCCCAGCGACACGCCCCUUACAUAUACUGUCCGACCGAACUCUUACAAUCUUCAACGGCACCAUAUCCAUUCAUGCGUUGGGCGAUCGACAUUGUUGGACCCAUGACGAGUUCGAGACAGAGAAAGUACAUCCUGAUCAUGACAGACUACUUCACCAAGUGGGUGGAGGCUAAAGCAUUUGUCCAAGUGACCGACAACGAGGUACAAAAUUUCAUCUGGAAAAACAUCAUCUGCCGGCAUGGUGUCCCGUACGAAAUUGUCACCGACAAUGGUUCUCAGUUCAUUUCGAACAACUUCUGCGGUUUCUACGAACGAUGGGCAAUCCGCCUCAACCGCUUCGCCCUGAUACCCGCAAUGCAACGGUCAAGCUGA